UAAUAAAAACCUGCUGGGUGAUGGCCGGUAGUGGUGGUUAGCAGGUUAGCAGCGUUCACAGUUCACAGCGGCUGGUAGUGCGUUUAGGUGUUGUGUGAGAAAUUAGGUGUAAGGCUUUGGGAUUUUCCCGUAUGUUUGUAAGUGGAGGGGACGUUUGUAGGUAAAAUUUUAGGAAAAGAAAACGAAGAAGUGUAAUUAUGACUGAGGACAUGAAGAAGUAUCUGCAGCAGUUGUUAUCCAGAGUAGAUGGUCUUCACUGCAUCUUAAUAACAGACAGGGAUGGUGUUCCAGUUUUGAAAGUUGCCAGUGACAAGGUUCCAGAGCUUGCAACGAGACCGAGUUUCCUUUCGACUUUUGGAAUGGCAACAGAUCAGGGUGGCAAGCUGGGACUAGGGAAGAACAAGACCUUGAUCUGCAUGUAUUCAUCAUACCAGGUUGUCCAGAUCAACAAAUUGCCUCUAGUAAUCAGCUUCAUUGGCAGUGUUUCUUGCAACACUGGUCAGAUCUUGUUGCUGGAGCAACAUAUUGAACCUCUUCUUAGUGACCUUAGAAUGGCUGUUGCAGAAUCAUAAACAAGAAUUUGAAUGGGAGCUAAUCUUGCCAUGUUGACUGAUUCAUCAUCUGGGUAUAAUUAGUAGUUUACAUGGUUGCUUGUCUUGAGACGGAUUGAAGCAGAGGUUUAUAUCUCAAGGAAAUGUACUACAAAAAUUACUGCUAGGUAUUAUAUUCGUUGAAGCUUUAUAUAUAUUUUGUUUGUAAAAAUAUCUUUAUGCAGAUGUGAAUAAGAUUAAUACUGUCAAAUGAAAUAGAAUGCAGUGACAGUUAGCCCAACUUUAAGAUCUUUAUAGUGAAUUUCAAGUCAGAAAUAGUCAUAAACUUAAGGAUAUAUUUUCUUGUGGUUGAGUAUGUGAUUUAGUUUGUAUAGUAACCCCUAUACGUUUUCAUGGUGUUGUGCUUAAUUGUGCCAGGACAGCUUUGCCUAUUUAACUUUUGCAUUGACAUCUUUAUUUACGUUAGAUUUGAGGUUCUCACAGCAGUGACUGUAAAGUUUCAG